CUGGAAUUCUGUACUUCCAUCUCUGCGCUGCCUUUUUCACACUCUCUCUCAUGCAGAAGGAAGUAGCAGAUCUCUACUUUCAUUCUUUCUCUCUCUUGGAAUGUGAAUCUGAUUUCCGGCUUGCCGCCCUAUAGGCAUUCAUAUUCAGCUAGCUCUUUUCUGGGUUUUUUUUUUUUUUUUUUUUAGUCUGAGCCACCACAGGCACGGCGCGCCACCCAUGGCCACCACCGCCUCUUUCUUUCUUCUUCUUGUCUUGGUAUUGUUUUUUGCCAGCGUUUCCUCUGAUAAUCGUCGCAUUCUGCAUCAACCCUUUGUCCCAUUAGAUUCUAUUCCUCCUUCUCCUUCUCCUCCGGCCCCCACCACUCCGGAUUACCCGUUUUCCGCUUCAACUCCUAACAACUCUCCGUUUUUUCCGGAGGACCCUUCACCUCCUCCUCCGCCUUCUCCGCCGUCUCCGUCGUCUCCGUCGUCAUUCGCUUCAUUUCCGGCCAACAUCUCUUCCCUGAGCGUCCCGCAGACCUCGAAACCCAAGCCGACCUCUUCGAAACUCGUCGCCACCGCCGUCGCCUGCGUCGUCGCCGCCGUGAUUGUCGUCUCCAUUGCAGUUGCCUUGCGUAUUCGGAGGGUGAGGAGUCGUUCUUCUUCUAUAGAGUCUAAGACCGAGAGAUCGGAGGCCAGUACUCGAUUCAAUUCCGGCGAUAAUGCGGGCGGCGGUAUUCCCGCUAUCCCGAAGCUCCGGAGGCCAUCUCAACCCAGCUCCGAGUUUCUGUACUUGGGAACUAUGGUGAAUUCCCGUGGAGGCAUUGAACCGCACAAUCAGCAAAGCUCUCCCACCAUUAGUGCUGCGAAUUCGAGAAAAAUGGAGUCGCCGGAGCUGCAACCCCUGCCGCCGCUUCAUGGGCGGAACUUGAGGCAAAAUUAUGAGAAUGCUGAGGUCGGGUCUGGUAGGGACGAAGACGAUGAAGAGGAAUUUUACUCUCCCGGAGGGUCUUUGGGAGGUAGAGAGAGCUCAAUUGGAACUGGAUCCGUUUCCGUUUCCAGGAGGGCUUUUGCCGCUAUAGAGGUUGAGAAUUCCGGUGGGUCCAACUACUCAUCUUCCUCUUCCUCUUCCUCUUCCUCAUCAUCGAGUUCGGGUUCGGGCUCACCCAGGAGGUCUGUAUCUUUGAGCAUUUCGCCCCCGGGGAGUUCGAGCCCAAAAAGCUCGAUGCCCAAGUCGCCUGAAUUGGCCCCUGUUGAUACUAUCGCCUUUUUACCUCUUCAACCACAAUCGGCGGCGAGUGCGAGAAAAUCUCAGUCAUCCUCUCCUGUCAGUUCAUCUUCUCCAGAGAGAGGUUCUAAAAAAAGUAUAGACUCUUCUCCAAGAUCUUCACACGUCUGGGAUCAGAAUAUAGAUUCUCCAGUUAGAAUCAACAGUCUAAGUCUAAAUUCCCCUGCGAGAAUCAGCAGUCCCAUCGAGUCUCCAGCUAGAAUGAGCAGCUCAGUAGUGGACUCUCCCGUGAGAAUCAGCAGUUCAGCAGUGGAGUCUACGGUGAGAAUUGGUAGCCCUGUUAUGGAGUCUCCUCCUGUGAGAAUAAGCAGUUCAGGUUUGUGGUCUCCAGCAAGAAUCAGCAGUCCUGAUAUUGAUUAUCCUGCAAGAAUAAGCAUUUCAGCAGUGGAGUCUCAGGUGAGAAUAAGCAACCCAAUUAUGGAGGAGUCUUCAGAGAGAGCCAGUAGCCCUGUAAUGGAAUCUGUGACAAGAAGAAUGAACAGCCCAAUAAUGGAGUCUCCGGAGAGAGCUGGCAGCUCUCUUAUGGAAUCUCCACCAAGAAUAAUCAACAGCAUAAUAAUGGAGUCUCCGGAGAGAGCCAGUAGCCCUGUAAUGCAAUCUCUGCCAAGAAGAAUAAACAGCCCAAUAAUGGAGUCACCGGAGAGAGCUGGUAGCUCUCUUAUGGAAUCUCCACCAAGAAUAAUCAACAGCUUAAUAAUGGAGUCUCCGGAGAGAGCCAGUAGCCCUCUUAUGGAAUCUCCACCAAGAAGAAUCAACAGCCCAAUAAUGGAGUCUCCGGAGAGAGCCAGUAGCCCUCUUAUGGAAUCUCCUCCAAGAAGAAUGAGCAGCCUAAUAAUGGAGUCUCCAGAGAGAGCCAGUAGCCCUCUAAUGGAAUCUCUGCCAAGAAGAAUCAACAGCCCAAUAAUGGAGUCACCGGAGAGAGCUGGUAGCUCUCUUAUGGAAUCUCCACCAAGAAUAAUCAACAGCUUAAUAAUGGAGUCUCCGGAGACACCAAGAAUAAUCAACAGCUUAAUAAUGGAGUCUCCGGAGAGAGCCAGUAGCCCUCUUAUGGAAUCUCCACCAAGAAGAAUCAACAGCCCAAUAAUGGAGUCUCUGGAGAGCCCCAGUAGCCCUCUUAUGGAAUCUCCUCCAAGAAGAAUGAGCAGCCUAAUAAUGGAGUCUCCAGAGAGAGCCAGUAGCCCUCUAAUGGAAUCUCUGCCAAGAAGAAUCAACAGCCCAAUAAUGGAGUCUCCGGAGAGCCCCAGUAGCCCUCUUAUGGAAUCUCCACCAAGAAUCAGCAGCCCUGGUGAGGAGUCUCCUGUGAGAAUCAGUGAUCAAGGCAUGGAGUCUCCUAUGAGAAUCAGCAGCCCUGUUAUUGGCUCACCUGCAAGAAUAAGCAGUCUAGAAGUGGAGUCCCCGACGACGAUAAGCAGCAGUGUUAUUGAUUCUCUUCCAAUAAUCAACAGCCCAGUAGUAGAGUUUCCAGCAAGAAUCAGUAGCCCUAUAGUGGAAUCUCCGCCGAGAAUCAACAGCCCUGGUAUGCAGUCUCCUGCAAGAACCAGUAGCCCUGUUAUGGAACCUCUGGUGACUAUCACCUAUCCUGUAAAGGAGAAUGUCCCAAUUUUGGCUUCACCUAGUAUUGAGUGUUCCAUGGGCAACUCCAGUUCUAGUAUGGAGUCGCCCGUGGUAACCAGCCCUCUACAUCAAAAUCUCCCAACUUUGGUUCCACCACAGCCUCCAGUACCACACAUUAGUAUUCCAUCUAGGACACCACCUCCUCCUCCUCCACCUCCCCCAAGUAAACACUGGGAGAGUCCAAGAACUCCCAACACUCGACCUCAAAAACUAGUAUCUGAACCUCCUGUCUUGGUGAAUCCUUUAAGGCCCAUUGCAAUUGAGAGUCCAACAUUGAUAUCUCCAAUUCAGUUGCCUUCUCAUUUAGAGCCUGCCAAGAUGAAUUCAGAUAUUGCUGAAAGUUGUUCAAGUGAGAAUGUUGAGAAAAAUGAAGAGACACCGAAACCAAAACUGAAGCCAUUGCAUUGGGAUAAAGUGAGAGCAAGUUCUGAUCGUGAAAUGGUGUGGGAUCAAUUGAAGUCAAGCUCAUUUAAAUUGAAUGAAGAGAUGAUUGAGACAUUAUUUGUUGUAAAUACUCCAAAUAUGAAUCCAAAAGAAACAGUCCAGCGCCCAACUCUUCCCACACUGAGCCAAGAGGAUAGAGUGCUUGAUCCCAAGAAAUCACAGAACAUUGCAAUUUCGCUUAGGGCCCUAAAUGUCACCACUGAGGAAGUUUGCGAUGCUCUUUUAGAAGGAAAUGCUGAUACCCUUGGUACUGAUCUUCUCGAGAGUUUGAUGAAGAUGGCUCCAACAAAAGAAGAAGAGCGCAAGCUUAUAGAGUAUACAGAUAAUUCACCAUUCAAGCUUGGACCAGCAGAGAAAUUUCUGAAGGCAGUGCUUGAUGUACCUUUUGCAUUCAAAAGAGUAGAUGCAAUGCUCUAUAUAUCCAAUUUUGAAUCUGAGGUUGACUACCUCAAAAAGUCAUUCGAAACACUCGAGGCUGCAUGCGAAGAAUUAAGAAGUAGCAAGAUGUUCUUAAAGCUCCUGGAGGCUGUUCUGAAGACUGGAAACCGUAUGAAUGUUGGGACGAAUCGUGGAGAUGCACAUGCAUUCAAACUCGAUACUCUCCUCAAGCUAGUUGAUAUCAAGGGUGCUGAUGGAAGAACAACUCUCUUGCAUUUUGUUGUUCAGGAGAUAAUAAGAAGCGAAGGUGCUCGUCUUUCCAGUGCAAACCAAUAUGAGAAAUCAAUUGUUGCCGAUGAUGCAAAGUGCCGGAAGCUUGGCCUGCAGGUUGUUUCCAGCCUCAGUUCAGAGCUAACAAAUGUGAAGAAAGCUGCUGCCAUGGAUUCAGAAGUCCUCCAUAGUGACGCCUUAAAGCUCUCUAAAGGGAUCGUUAACAUUGCAGAGGCUGUACGGUUGAACGAAGGGAUGGUAUUGGAUGAAAGCUACAGCCAGAAGUUUUCUGAAUCGAUGAACAGGUUCACAAAAAUGGCCGAGGAAGAGAUUAUAAAACUCCAAGCCUUAGAAAGCGUAGCCAUGUCUCUCGUGAAGGAGAUAACUGAAUACUUCCACGGGAAUUCAGCCAAAGAAGAGGCUCACCCGUUCAGAAUUUUCAUGGUGGUGAGGGACUUCCUAAUGAUUCUCGAGCGCGUGUGUAAAGAAGUUGGAAUGAUAAACGAGCGAACAAUAGUCAGUUCUGCUCACAGGUUCCCCGUUCCAGUAAAUCCCAUGCAGUUCCCGGUGCCCGUGAAUCCCAUGCUGCAGCCAGUGGCAGGUCUAUUCCCUGGGAGACCCCAAUUCAGUUCCUCUGGUGAUGAGAGCUCUUAGCUCUUAGCAGGUGAACCAACCUAUUUGUCCAUCCAGGUGAAGAUGAACCUAAAACCUAGGCUAACUAGGAGCUCAUCUGAGAUUAUGGCUACCAAUUUUAUAUGUAUGUGUAAUCUUUUUUGUUUCUGUAUUUAUAAGCAUAUAUAUAAUGUAAAACAUUUUGGUGUUUAUUAGAAAUGUAUACAUAGCUGAUUUUGGAGAACUUUUAUGUCCUGUCAAUAUGUAAAUUAUUGCCAUCUUUUUUUAUUUGUGGUGAAAA